AUGGACUCCGCAGGCACUGCGUACCGCGAUCAGUUUUCCGCGGCGUUGCGCAGUCGCGAUACAGAUAGCAAUUAUGUUGCGCACUUGAAAGUGUACGAAUUUGCCGAGGGCCAGCCGCAGGGCCGUGCACAGGCGCACAAAACGCGGUACAUUAUUGUUGGCAUUUCCGGCGACAGUGAUCGGGCGACGCUGUUCAAGGCAAAACGGAAUGCAAACGGGUCGUUCAGUAUUGGCAAGGAGUGGGACUUGGCGCUGCUUCGGGAGCUUGUGUUGCAGGAAGAUGGGUACGUGGUGGUUUCGCUUGCGCGUGCCUAUCGGUGGCAGGCGGAUAAAACGCAGGAACCCAACAAGUUUUUAGAGACUAUGGCUGCUGUAUACUACAAGACUACGGGGCGUUUGCCGAUGUGUACGGGAUGGACUAUGACAAGUAUAGCAGCGGAGGCGCCGGCAGAGGCUCAGACACAGGCGCAGGCUCAGGCGCAGGCUCAGGCGCAGGCGCAGGCUCAGGCGCAGGCUCAGGCUCAGGCGCAGACUCAGGCUCAGAUUCAGGUUCCAGCUCCAGCUUCAGCUCCAGCUUUAACACAAGCUUUAACACAAGCUCCAGCUCCAGCUCCAAAUGCACCGUCGCUGACCAAAGCACCGUCACCGACCAAAGCACCGACCAAAGCACCAUCGCCGACCAAAGCACCGACCAAAGCACCAUCGCCGACCAAAGCACCAUCGCCGACCAAAGCACCGACCAAAGCACCAUCGCCGACCAAAGCACCGACCAAAGCACCAUCGCCGACCAAGGCAACGCCAAAAGCGCAAUCGACCAAAGCAGCGCCCGUUGCGUCUUUUGCAAAUGUUACGCCAGUGCAUACUGCAGUGCCCGCACCGGCUCGACCCACCACAACCACACCCCAAACGCAAACCCCAUUGUCGUCAAAACACGUAUCUGCGUCCACACCGACACUUUCACCACCACUUGUACAGCCGCUCGCCAAGACAUCCUCUGCUCAAACACUACCGGCACCAUCGACGCCCACAUCUUCGGCAAAUGCGUAUGAUCAGCCUUCUAAAGACGCCACGCCAAGCACGUUGACGUCCAUUCCCUCGCCCACUCCGAAAGCGGCUUCCACAACGCCGGCGCCUUUUAGCAGCCCACCUCGGCAGGGCCUCACACGUCCCCCUAUGGCCCGCGCACCCACCACCGCAGAGUCUGCUCAGCUUGCCAAGAAAAGUGAGCUAUAUGGCGACGACUGGGACAAUGCUACGCUUACUCAAGUCGAGGAAAUGCUUGAUGGCUUUGAGUGGAAAGGUGUACAUAUGACCAUGGACAUCUACGGCACACGCAACCGAAGUAAUCUUGGCACAGCCGACGUGAUCGAAGCGCGCCUUUUGGAAGAGCUUGCCGCGCUGGAAUCGUCAGGCAUCCAUGCCAUCAUUGAAUCGGACGAGCGCGUGGCGCAAGUGCUCAACCAUAUUGAAGAAGGGCUUGCAUAUCUGCAACAGCUCGACAAUACGGUCGGCAGGUACAAGCGCGAUCUCAAUGCCCGCGCUGAAGACAUUGCGUACAUUGAGAGCCAGAACCGCGGUCUGCAAGUGCAAACGUCAAACCAGCAGCUGCUCUUGCAGGAGAUCCAAAACUUGCUCACCACCUCCAACGUCGAUGGCGAUGCGAUUCGGAUCUUGGGCAAGGCGGACAUUGCUUCGUCUGCUGACGUGCCGCAAAUUGAAGCAGCGACGGCAACGUUGUAUAAGAGCGUGCUCCAAACGCGCGCUUCCAGCGAUACCCGCGCUGCCGGCUCCGAAAUGGCAGCGCUUGCCGAACGUCAUCAGCAAUACGAAGCGAUUGCCCACCAAUUUAGCUCGCGCCUCCUUAGUGGACUUGCGCGCGUUUUUGAAACGUGUGUGCAUCAGCAGCUGCAGGAUGAGCGUGCGGUGCACCAGGGCUCUGGCACAAACGCGACGCUUCCAAGCCACGACGCCAUGGAGCAGGACCUGGGGAAGUACUGCGGCCUAGUGCUCUACAUGAAAGAGACGUCGCCUAGCAUGUUCCAAGACCUCGCGUCGCAGUACGUCGCCUUUGCAAAGCAGUGCACCCAAACCGAGGUCCAGCGCGUUUUCAGUGCCUGGCGUGCGCAAGUGCUAGGCAGGGAGGCAGACGAACCCUUUGCCUCGGGCUUUGCGCGCAGCGGCACACUCAAACGCAGUGGUUUGCAGCGCGAACGCAGCAAGCUCGGUCCGAGCCAGGGCUCAGACAUUAUGCCGUGGGAAGCGCUGCAGCGCAUUCUUGCUGGGCUUGUGUCCCGCGUCCAGCAAGAGCAAGCGUUUCUCGCAGACUUUUUGCAUAUCAACGACACGAACCUCACCUUUGCCGAUUACAUGGAUUUGCCUCCGUACGUAAAGCAUGCCGCAGCCGUUGCGACGCCCAUCACUGCGACUGGCGCCGUGCAACAGAUGAAUACUGUGCUGGAAGAAGUGUUUGGUUCUUUUACCGCACACGUUGAGUCGUUUGUGAUGCAUGUCUGUGGGCGCGAUCGAUUUAGCACGGCUGGCCUUCUCGCCGAGAUGGAGCGCACACUUCACGACACGGCUCGCUUGCCCAACGCACAGUUUUACACGCGCCUCCUGGCCAAGCCUGCAGCGAGGCUCCAGGCUGAAUUUACUCGCGUUGUCGACGAGCACAUUGAAACCAUUCAGCAGACCAAACUUACGCUUAAGAAACGCCGUGGUAUCGUGCCGUUCAACAAAGCGUUUUCCCCGCUCGUCCGCCGCGUGGAAGCGCAGCUGGUCGAUGCUGACAGCCUGGGCAUCCGCGCCACGGUUAACGAGGCGUACGAAAAGAUCGGCACCGCCAUGUUUACCAUACUCCAGUCGAUUUCUAACAUGGGUGGCGUCGGGUCUAUGGACGAAGACAAAGGCCAGCUGAACCACUAUGUGAUUCUAAUCGAGAACAUGUACCAUCUCAUGACCCGCGUCAAGCCUGGCACCCCUUCGAACCCUGCUCUUGCGCGCAUAAAAGACCAGGCGCACGCUAUAUUUGUGCACAGUAUGAAUGGCUACGUCCAGUUUGUUCUCCGACGUCCUCUUGGCAAGAUGCUGGAUUUUACCAGCGGAAUCGACGCGCUCUUGCAAACGACGCCUGCCAAUGAAGUUACGCUUCACAGUGCCUACUCGAAAUCGUCUGCGAAAAAGGUGGUGCGCGAAUACACCGCCAAGGAUCUACGAAAAGCUAUCGAAGCACUAUCGAAGCGCGUGCAGAAACACUGCAGCGAGGAGGAUGAGACAGGCAUUGUGCCUGGCGUGCCAAGCAUCGGCUCCUCUACAAAUGCCUCUUCCACUCUGGACCGCGACGAAAUGGCCGAGGUGCUUGCGCAAGUAUGGUCCGCGUGCGAGCACACGUUCCUGAAAGAAUGCGAGCGCUUUGCGCACCUCAUUGCAACGUGCUACGACGAAAACGCUCUGCACGUGGACUUUACCGUAUCCGAUGUCCAGCGCCAUUUCCACGUUCACACGCCGUCUACGCGACGUAAAUAG